AUAUUAUUGUUUGAUCCUUUGCCUAGUAUUAACAAGGCAUAUUCAAUGGUACUCUCGGCAGAACGGCAAAGAUCUGUUACAAACAGUUUUGAUAACAUAGAAAAAAUGGCCAUGACUGCAAAGUAUGAAGGAUAUGGCAGGGGACAAGUGGGACAGAAUAGAAGUUUUGGUGGAAGAGGAGGUAAUUGGCAGAGUGGAAGAGGUAGAGGUGGUACUAGGCUAAGUAAGGAAGAGAGGGCAAAGCUACUGUGUGAUAAAUGUGGUAUGUAUGGCCAUACAAUAGCCACAUGUUUUAAAAUACAUGGAGUGCCAGAAUGGUACAAGGAUUUGAAGGUACAGCAAGCCAAAUCUUAUGCUAAUAGUGCUGAGACCUAUGAGGAUGAAGAACAAUGGGGAGUGAAAGCACCUGAGAGAAAGAGUUCAGCAGACAGUGAAUUAUCAUUGGUUGUUAAGCAACUACAAGAAAUCACUCAGUAUAUAAAGGGAAAGGAGAAUCUAGAUGGACAGGUAGACUAUGCUCAGAUGGCAAAUAUUAGACAUCAAAGAGAGGAUGAUGGAGUUCACUUUGCUCUAACUAUAGCUGAAAAUUUGAGCAGUGGUGUAUGGAUCAUUGAUACUGGAGCAAGCAGGCAUACGUGUGGUGAUCUUAACAUCAUGAGCAAUAUUUCAGUUUUGAAAGAACCUGUCUCAGUUUGCUUGCCAGAUGGGUCACACAAAGGAGUGAAUAUUGGAGGAACAGUUGCAGUAACUAACACACUUACCUUAAAAGGUGUUCUUUAU